AUGGACAAGCUGAGGCCUGAUAGGAAAGAUUGGAGCAAGAGAUUGGAGGAUGCUCUUUGGGCCUAUAGGACGACUUUUAAGACUCCUAUAGGAAUGUCUCCUUUCAGAAUGGUUUAUGGUAAAACUUGUCAUCUUCCAGUGGAGAUUGAACAUAAGGCAUUUUGGGCCAUGAAAGCUUGCAAUUUUGAGGUUGGCCUAGCAAGAGAAGAAAGGAAGUUACAACUUCAAGAACUUGAAGAAAUUAGGUUGGAAGCUUAUGAGAACGCACGGAUCUAUAAAGAGAAGAUCAAAAACUUUCAUGAUAAGCACAUUGUGGGUAAGGAAUUUCAUAUUGGUGACAAGGUGCUUUUAUAUAGGUCAUGGCUCAAAUUUAUUAAAGGUACAUUGAUAUCUCGUUGGGAAGGUCCAUUUGUUGUUACUAAUGUUUUCUCUUAUGGAGUUAUUGAGAUUAGGGAGGAGUCUUCGGGCCGGAUUUUCAAGGUGAAUGGGCAUCGACUUAAAGUUUUUUAUGAAACCAAUAACCAAAUGGAAAUGGAGAUAGUGAAACACGUUGAUGCCAUCUACCCAAUUAAAGGGGAGUUUGUUCCAACUUAA